AUGAACAGAAGCACACCCGAAAAUGAAGAGACACACGGAGGUGAUUUCUCGAAUAUAAAAUUUAGUCAAAAUGGCCAGUACAAGAGAUACCAUGACUUUUAUAAUAACAAAAACUCGUUUCAACAUUAUUUAAAAAAAUUAAAAGCAUGUAGAAUAGACGCAGACGAACUUCGUAACAUUUUAGAACAAAGACUCACCCUAGAGCGUGAGAAUCAAAUGCUUAAGUCCAUACAGGACGACGAUAAGAAAGGGUUUGGAAGUGAAACGAAUUCCUCCUCGUCCAAUCAUGAAGGCUUACACCUUUACAGGAAACUUAAUUUUUUGAACAAGAAUAAUAGAAGUAAAUCAAAGAAUAAGAACAGAAAGAGAAAAAGAAUUAACUCCAAAAUUGACAAAAAAUUUAUUAUUAAAUGUCGGACUUGUAAGUACGUCAACCCCAAUGGGUUCAAGAUGGGGGACUACUACACGUGCCAGAAUUGUGGGUUCAACGACUUUUCUGUGUUGAGGUCCAUUUCCCCCAACAACGGGGAGUAG